UAGGGGAAAGCGCGCGCCGCCGCAGUAGCGAGGGUCGUGCCACUCGGAAAGAAGCGGCUGUCGCGAGCUUCAGAGGCGUACGGGCGGUGAGGGGAGCUGGUUGGUGCGUACACCCCUGCCGCGGCGGCAGGUCCUUCCACGUGCUUUCUGCGGCGACAUGGAGCUAGAGGAGUUGGGGAUCCGAGAGGAAUGUGGCGUGUUCGGGUGCAUCAGCUCAGGAGAGUGGCCCACGCAGCUAGAUGUGCCUCAUGUGAUCACUCUGGGACUCGUGGGGCUGCAGCACCGGGGUCAGGAGAGUGCUGGUAUUGUCACCAGUGAUGGGAAUCCAGUACCAACAUUCAGAACACACAAGGGACUUGGUCUUAUAAAUCACGUCUUUACUGAAGACAAUUUGAAGAAAUUGUAUACUUCAAAUCUUGGAAUUGGACACACGAGGUAUGCCACUACAGGAAACUGCGAAUUAGAAAAUUGUCAGCCCUUUGUUGUUGAAACACUUCAUGGGAAAAUAGCUGUGGCACAUAAUGGCGAAUUGGUCAAUGCUGCUCGAUUAAGGAAAAAGCUUCUGCGUCAUGGUAUUGGUCUGUCAACAAGUUCUGAUAGUGAAAUGAUCACCCAGUUGCUGGCCUAUACCCCUCCUCAGGAACGAGAUGACACCCCAGACUGGGUAGCAAGGAUUAAAAACUUAAUGAAGGAAGCGCCCGCAGCAUACUCCCUACUUAUAAUGCACAGAGAUGUUAUUUAUGCAGUACGAGAUCCUUACGGAAAUCGUCCUCUAUGCAUUGGUCGUCUUAUUCCUGUAUCUGAUAUAAAUGAUAAAGAGAAAAAGUCUUUAGAAACUGAAGGAUGGGUGGUGUCUUCAGAAUCUUGUAGCUUUUUAUCUAUUGGUGCAAGAUAUUUCCGUGAAGUCUCGCCUGGGGAAAUUGUGAAAAUAUCCAGACAUAAUGUCCAAACUCUUGAUAUUAUAUCAAGGUCUGAAGGAAACCCAGUGGCUUUUUGUAUCUUUGAAUAUGUUUACUUUGCAAGACCAGAUAGUAUAUUUGAAAAGCAAAUGGUUUACACAGUAAGAUACCGAUGUGGUCAGCAGCUGGCAAUUGAAGCCCCUGUGGAUGCAGAUUUGGUUAGCACUGUGCCGGAAUCUGCCACACCUGCUGCUCUUGGUUACGCAGGAAAGUGUGGACUUCCAUAUGUGGAGGUGCUAUGUAAAAACCGAUACGUAGGAAGAACCUUCAUUCAGCCAAACAUGAGGUUAAGACAACUUGGUGUUGCAAAAAAGUUUGGAGUAUUGUCGGAGAACUUUAAAGGCAAAAGAAUUGUUCUUAUAGAUGAUUCCAUUGUGAGAGGUAAUACCAUCUCACCCAUAAUCAAAUUGCUCAAAGAAUCUGGUGCAAGAGAGGUACACAUUCGAGUAGCUUCACCACCAAUCAGGUAUCCGUGCUUCAUGGGAAUCAACAUACCAACAAAAGAAGAGCUUAUUGCCAAUAAACCAGAAUUUGAGCAUCUUGCAGAAUAUCUAGGAGCAAACAGUGUUGUGUAUCUGUCAGUAGAAGGACUGAUUUCAUCUGUACAAAAAGACACAACAUUUGAAAAACAGAAAGUGAAAAAGCAAGAUAUUAUGAUUCAAGAAAAUGGGAAUGGUCUGGACUGCUUUGAAAAGACCGGUCAUUGUACAGCUUGUCUCACUGGAAAAUACCCUGUGGAAUUGGAUUGGUAGCUGGUAGGGGUAGAUAUAAUGUUUCAAGGUAUAAAGUUGGUCAAGAAGUUAUUUAUAGUCAUUACAUCUUAUCCAUUUCCUGUUAACUCAGUUGGUAUAACGCCACAUGGUUAUGUUUACCUUUAUAAGUUUUAAGAUUUUUUUCUGACAGGGUACCAAAGUACUAUGUUUUCUUUAAUAAACCUAGAUAAAUAUUUUGGUGUUAUCUAGGAAUUUGGAUGAUCCUUUCAGUUUUAUUUAGUAGUUUAGUACUUUGAGGCUAUAAGUUAUGAGAUUCUGUCAACAAUAAUGCAAAAGAUAGGUAAAUUUUCUGUUUUAGAGGGGAUUGCCAGGUACUAUACCUCACCACAAAUUCUUAUAGAAUUUUGUGGAGUGUUUCUUGAGUUGCUGAAAUUCAGUUAUGGAAUAUUUUCAUAAUUGAACCUUGUUAA